AUGGAGGUACACAUUGGACUCGGAAGGGUAUACAAGCAGCCUCCCGGGAAGAUGAUCCGGGGAGCCUUCGAAAAUCUUUUCCUGAGUGUGAGGGAGGCGCUGCAGGGUGAGCGGAGAACAGUGAUAGAGGGAGCCCAGACAGCGACUACUUGGAGAGAUCCUGGGGGCAGCCACUCAACUUCUAGCUGGAGCGAAGGCUCGGAAGCGCAGCCCCUGCCCUCCUGGACUGACCCCAGGGUUGACCACCUGUCUCCUAGCUGGGGAGAGUCACAGGGCGCGCAGCCAGACGCAGCAGCGCCUCGGAGUCCGCGUGCUCAGGCAUCCCAGUUUCCGGGACUGAGCAGCUGCCCCUCGGAGCUGAAGGAGAUUCUGGGAGAUCAGAGAGGGAUGCUGGAAAGCGACGACAGGUCCUCCGAUCACCCCCAGAAGGAAAGUUACUCUAGAGCUCCACAGGGGAUCUCUGACAACGCUAAAGAGCUCUGCAAAGCGGUGUCCGUGUCACUGGGGCUCAGCAUGGAGGCUCUGGAGCAUCUGAACCCAGGCGCAGAGACACAGAGAGGUGACUGUAUGUUUGCCGGGCCCCCCACACAUACUCUAGAUGCCCACAAGUGCCAAGUGGGAGAGGAGGAGAAGAGUGACACAUCCUCUCCCCAGUACCAUGAAGGUACAUUUAGGAGGAGCAGUCAGAUCAACUUUCCAGCUGGCAAAGCCCCAGUGGAUGGCAGGGCACUGGGUACGGAGGAGAAAGAGCAGCCUUGCACAGACUUGGCAUUGCCAGAGCCCGUAGGCUUCAGGCACCGUGGCAUGGAGCUGGCACCCAGCCUCACUCUGUACAAGCCCACCACCUUCAUGGAGGAGACUCCUGUUUUCUCAGGAAGGGACUAUUACAGCUUUCAGAUGGCACUUACACCACAUGGCAGGAUAAAGGUAGAGGGACCCAUGGAAUAUGCGGGCAAUGCCUGGGGGGCACCUGCCAGAUACAGCGAACUGUCAGGCUUUGCCCACUGUGGUCCACCUGGCAGUUGGCACUCUUUGUUCGAAGAAGGGCAGUCCAGUGGCUCCUAUGCAGAUGCCAGCCUGUACAACUAUCAGCGAAGUCAUGUGCCACCUGGGCCAGAUGGCGAAUACCCACCGGACUCUUGGUAUCCAGGACCAGCAAUCUUGGGUAGAGUACCCUAUGGCGGCCCCAUGAAGAGUGAGAUGUCACCUUGGAUGGAGGGUUACCCAGGCGCAUUUGGAGAGAUGCGGCUAGAGGCUGGCAGAGAUCACCUGUUACCCAUUGAUUAUUACUUCCCACCACAGAAAACGUGUCUGAUCUGUGGUGAUGAGGCCUCCGGCUGCCACUACGGAGCUCUAACAUGUGGAAGCUGCAAAGUCUUCUUUAAGAGAGCUGCUGAAGGGAAACAGAAGUACCUUUGUGCCAGCCGCAAUGACUGUACAAUUGACAAAUUUCGGAGGAAAAACUGCCCAUCCUGCCGUCUGCGGAAAUGUUACGAGGCCGGCAUGACAUUAGGAGCACGAAAGCUGAAAAAGUUGGGAAACCUAAAGGCUCAGGAGGAGAUGGAGGGAUCUUCUGGACAAGGGGAGAGUAGCAGAGAGAUGACACCUAGUAUGUCCAUGCCACAACUUGAGGGUUACAGUUGUCAACCCAUCUUCCUAAAUGUUUUGGAGGCCAUUGAACCAAUAGUGGUGUGUUCAGGGCAUGACAACAACCAACCCGACAGCUUUGCUCUGCUUCUCAGUAGCCUCAAUGAGCUGGGUGAAAGGCAACUGGUGCAUGUGGUGAAGUGGGCAAAGGCAUUGCCAGGCUUCCGUAACCUGCAUGUAAACGACCAAAUGACUGUGAUUCAGUACUCCUGGAUGGGGCUUAUGAUCUUCGCCAUGGGCUGGAGGUCAUUCAAAAAUGUCAAUUCUAGGAUGCUGUACUUUGCCCCAGAUUUGGUGUUUAAUGAGUAUCGAAUGCACAAAUCCCGCAUGUACAGUCAGUGUGUCCGCAUGCGACACCUCGCACAGGAAUUUGGAUGGUUACAGAUCACUCCAGAGGAGUUCCUCUGCAUGAAGGCUCUUCUGCUCUUCAGCAUUAUUCCAGUGGAAGGUUUGAAGGACCAGAAGUGCUUUGAUGAGCUGAGGAUGAAUUACAUCAAGGAACUUGAUCGUGUCAUUUCCUGCAAGAGGAACAACCCAGCAGCCAGCUCAAGGCGCUUUUUUCAGCUCACCAAGCUUCUGGAUUCUGUGCAGCCGAUUGCCCGUGAGCUGCACCAGUUUACCUUCGACCUGUAUGUAAAGGCACAAAUGGUGAGCGUGGAUUUUCCUGAGAUGAUGUCUGAGAUCAUUUCUGUCCAAGUUCCCAAGAUCCUGUCUGGCAGAGUCAAGCCCCUGUACUUCCAUAAUUCAUGAAGAGUACAGCCCCCCUGCACUGUGCCUUAGGGGUCAUCAUGCAGAGAUUUGCAAACUGGACUCCAUCUCUAGUCUUUUGCAUGUCAUGCUAGAAAGACAUGGACUCUGCAUUUAAUUAUGUAUGUAUGUACAGAACAGGUGUCGUGGAAACAAUGCUCCAUUUGUGCCCCAUGCCACUAAACAAUGGAUGACCGUUCAAAGUAUAAUGCUAUUGCUGGAACUGUUGUGAAACUAUUAUCUCCUGCCUUUUAGGGAGUAAGAAAGGGUUAAAUGCUGGGCAUUCCUGGAGGGCACUGUGACUUAUAUACAUGUAUGUGUUUAUAGAAUAUGUCCAUGCGCACAGGCAUAGCCAGGAACAAAGCUUCAUGUUAUCUCACAAAUCCCUGAAUUUGUUGUAUAAAAUAUUAUUCUCUGCCUAGAUUCUUAUCAUUUAUGGAUCACAACCAAGCCCGUGUUAACCCCUAUAUUCCCUAUAGAAAAAUAAAUCAUUUAAGUGACAUUGGUGAGCAACUGCUCCUAAAGCACCUGUUGCGCACCCAUCUGAAAGGGUUAAUCCUAAUGGUGCAUUUGUCUUCAAGCCAGGAGACUCCGAGGCAAAACAAAAAAGUAAUUAAUUACUUCAAGCUAGAUAGAUCUUGCCCUUCUUAUACAUCAUUCUGAAUGAGCACCACAGCUGUACUUAUAAUAGUGGUUUAAUGCUGGCUUUAGUAGCCUGAUGGAUAAUGGAGAAGCUCAGAUUACCUUACAUGUCUGUUUUAGAGCAGCAAAGUUUAGAAGAAGCCCCUCUGUCAGAGUUCAUUUAAAGCCAACCACACUUAUUCAUAUCUUCUGGCAUCUUGGAUCCAGGACUCCUCAGUAACUCAGUCCCUUCAAAAUUGAUCAUGUUCAAAAAGUGACCGAGUUAGGGAGCCGUUCUAAGCUAUGUGAAUGUAGCUAAAAACUCCUUAAAGGAAUAAUUUUAUUUUAAACUAUUUUUACAUUGUUACAAAAACUACUCACAUCACUGUGAGAAGUAACAUUU